GUAAGGUUUGAUUAAUGGAUCGUAGGUGCAGCAGAGAUAUUGUUUGCGCUGGAAGGGGGCGGAGUCUCCCAGUGUACAGUGCAUAUACUGUGAUUCCGGGACGUUCUUCGAUCUUAAUAGUGCUGUCGGAGGGAGUGGGGGCACUGAUCUGGAAACCCAUCGGGAUUCGAAGUGCUGCAACCAGACGGCGGUUUAACGUCCCGUCAUCACGCGGAAACACAGUAAAGAUGACGGGGAUCGGUGUGUUCAUCACCUCACCUGGAACACAUGAUCACAUGACAGAUACACAAUGCUCUGAAAACCAGGACGCUGAAGAUCAGCAGCUCCAGAAGAAAAACACGAAACACACGUAAACACACUCAUGAAGAACCAGAAAGAGCAGCUACAGAGAGAACACUGCAGACCGACUGCUAAAAGUGUCCACAGUAGGGUAUGAGAGCGCUACAACAUCAUGCGGUUUCUGAGAUGGAGGAGUGAAAGUUCGGCUGCACACACACAAGGAUUCUCUCUUGCUCUCCUCCAUCAUGUCUUUUUGCAUUUACCGUGGCUUAGCUCCACCUUCUCAGGAAAAGCGGGUGUGGAUUUAUCCACUAGCCCCGCUUCUGCGUCUCUGGCCCUGCCCAUCAUUGUACCAGCUCUUCCUCGUUGCCUGUUGCUACUGCCGCUGGCCUGCCAAUCGCGGCGGGACAGGGGCGGCGGGGGUGUGGCUCAUUACAUCCCGUCGUCGGUAGCGCAGUACCCGCUGGUACCAAAGCUGCUGCAGGGCCUGAGCAUCGCCGUGGUGCUGGUGGGCAACUCCAGCGAGGUGGCGCUCACCGGCACCCGCGACAAAGACGAUUUCACCCACAUGCCCCUGGCACCCAACGUGGAGAUGCUCACCAUGAACGAGACAGACCCCAAGAGCAUCAUCAAGAGCAUCUGCGACCUGAUGACGGAGCACUGGCUGCAGGGGGUGGUGUUUGGAGACGACACCGACCAGGAGGCUAUCGCGCAGAUCCUGGAUUUCAUCUCCGCGCAGACACAUAUCCCCAUACUGGGCGUGAAGGGAGGCUCCUCUAUGAUCAUGGCUGCUAAGGAUGAUAACUCUAUGUUCUUUCAGUUCGGUCCAUCCAUUGAGCAGCAGGCAUCUGUCAUGCUCAACAUCAUGGAGGAAUAUGAUUGGUACAUCUUCUCCAUAGUUACCACUUACUACCCUGGUUACCAGGACUUUGUUACCAAGAUCCGCAGCACCAUUGAGAACAGUUUUGUGGGCUGGGAGCUGGAAGAGGUGCUGCUCUUGGACAUGUCUGUAGAUGAUGGAGAUGCCAAGAUUCAGAACCAGCUGAAGAAGCUUCAGAGUCCUGUGAUCCUUCUCUACUCCACCAAAGAAGAGGCCAACAUCAUCUUUGAGGUGGCUCAUUCUGUCGGCCUCACAGGUUAUGGAUUCACAUGGAUUGUACCAUCUCUAGUGGCUGGAGACGCUGAUCACAUCCCACCUGAGUUUCCCACAGGGAUGAUCUCAGUGUCAUAUGAUGAGUGGGAUUAUGGUUUGGAGGCACGGGUUCGAGAUGGUGUGGCUGUAAUCGCUUCAGCAACAUCCACCAUGAUGAUGGACAGGGGCCCACACACGCUGCUCAAAUCUGAGUGUCACGGGGCCCCCGACAAGAAGAGCCCCAUUACAGGCAAUCCCAAUGAAGUACUCAGGUACCUAAUGAAUGUGACGUUUGAAGGACGCAAUCUCUCCUUCAGUGAGGAUGGAUAUCAGAUGCACCCGAAGCUAGUGAUCAUCCUGCUGGACAAAGACAGACAGUGGGACAGAGUGGGUAAAUGGGAAAACGGCUCUCUGUCGAUGAAGUAUCACGUAUGGCCAAGGUUCGAGCUUUACUCUGGAACUGAGAAUCGUGAAGAUGACCAUUUGUCCAUCGUGACGUUAGAGGAAGCGCCAUUCGUCAUCGUAGAGGAUGUCGAUCCCCUCAGUGGAACCUGCAUGAGAAAUACUGUACCCUGCAGAAAACAACUCAAAUCAGUUAAUCACACAGGUGACUCUGCAGUGUAUAUCAAGCGCUGUUGUAAAGGAUUCUGUAUUGAUAUUCUGAAAAAGAUUGCCAAGUCAGUGAAGUUCACCUACGACCUUUACCUGGUGACAAAUGGCAAACACGGCAAGAAAAUCAACGGCACCUGGAACGGGAUGGUGGGAGAGGUGGUUUUGAAGAACGCUCAUAUGGCAGUGGGGUCACUGACCAUUAAUGAGGAGAGGUCAGAGGUCAUUGACUUUUCUGUGCCCUUCAUAGAGACAGGCAUCAGUGUCAUGGUCUCCCGUAGCAACGGCACUGUGUCACCUUCUGCAUUCCUCGAGCCGUUCAGCGCAGAUGUUUGGGUGAUGAUGUUUGUAAUGCUGCUGCUGGUUUCUGCCUUCGCUGUGUUUUUCUUUGAAUACUUCAGUCCUGUGGGCUACAACCGCUGUCUCGCCGACGGCAGAGAGGCUGGAGGUCCAUCGUUCACUAUCGGGAAGGCCAUCUGGCUGCUGUGGGGUUUGGUCUUCAACAACUCUGUGCCCGUGCAGAACCCCAGAGGAACCACCAGCAAGAUCAUGGUGUCCGUAUGGGCCUUCUUUGCUGUGAUCUUCCUGGCGAGUUACACAGCUAACCUGGCCGCAUUUAUGAUUCAGGAAGAGUACGUGGACCAGGUGUCGGGACUCAGCGAUAAAAAGUUUCAGAGACCGAACGACUUCUCGCCGCCGUUUCGUUUUGGAACAGUGCCAAACGGCAGCACUGAGAGAAACAUUCGCAAUAACUACAGAGAGAUGCACUCAUACAUGGUGAAAUUCCACCAGCGUAAUGUUGAUGAAGCUCUGUACAGUCUGAAAACAGGAAAGCUGGAUGCGUUUAUUUAUGACGCUGCAGUGUUGAAUUAUAUGGCUGGUAGAGAUGAGGGCUGCAAACUUGUGACUAUUGGCUCAGGGAAAGUUUUCGCUUCUACUGGAUACGGAAUCGCAAUUCAGAAAGAUUCUGGAUGGAAAAGACAAGUGGACCUCGCAAUCCUACAGCUGUUUGGAGACGGUGAUAUGGAGGAGUUUGAGGCACUCUGGCUCACUGGGAUCUGCCACCAUGAGAAGAAUGAAGUGAUGAGCAGUCAGCUGGACGUGGACAACAUGGCGGGUGUCUUCUACAUGCUGGGAGCCGCCAUGGCUCUGUCACUCAUCACCUUCAUUGCUGAACAUGUGUUCUACUGGCAUAUGCGCUUCUGCUUCAUGGGUGUGUGUUCUGGGAAACCAGGAUUCACCUUUGCCAUCAGCAGGGAGAUUUAUAGCUGCAUUCACGGAGUUGAAAUCGAAGAGAAGAGUUCGGCGAUAAAUUCACCCUCUGCCACAAUGAACAACACCCACUCAAACAUCCUGCGUUUGCUACGCACUGCCAAGAAUAUGGCAUCACUUUCUGGGGUCAACGGCUCCCCGCACAGUGCCCUCGACUUCAUCCGCAGGGAGUCGUCUGUGUACGACAUCAGCGAGCACCGCCGCAGUCUCGCUGGACACUCGGACUGCAAGGCCCCAUACCUGCCUGAGGACAACAUGUUCAGUGACUACAUCAGUGAGGUGGAGCGUACCUUUGGCAAUCUGCACCUGAAGGACAGUAACUUGUACCAGGACCACUACCUGCACCACCACAAAGGCUCGACCCUGGGGCUCACUGGCCCGCCCCCUAACCGCCCCCACAGCCUGGGCUCGAGGAGUUCACUGGAGGGAGGCAUGUUUGACUGUGAUAGUUUAGGUGGGGGUGUCGCUCCUAUCUUCAGCACACAGCCACGCUCUGCCCUGACACACAGGAACAUGAGCAAGUUUGACCUGCUUCAGAGCCAAAAUCCUCCGUCUGGGCAAGGCUUGAAGCAGGGACUGGCCAACCUGUACGGGAAGUUCUCGUUUAAAGGCGGAGCCUCCAGUUCAGGAUACAUCGCCGGUCAUGACCGGUACUGCAGCGGAGUUGAUGAUGGAAACAUCCGUUCAGAUGUGUCUGACAUUUCCACACAUACCGUCACCUAUGGCAACCUAGAGGGCAAUGCUAAGAAACGGAAGCAGUACAGAGACAGCUUGAAGAAACGACCGGUGUCGGCCAAGUCCCGGCGUGAACUCGAUGAGAUCGAGUUGGGUUACCGUCGCCGCCAACACCAUGGCCAUUACCAUCACCAUGGACACCGCUCCGCCUCUCCUACUUCAGAACGCAAGAGGGGAGGUAGAACAAACUCAUCCGCAUACCUGUUACAGGACAAGGAAAGCCUGAGGGAUUUCUACCUGGACCAGUUCCGGCCCAAAGAGGGCAUCCCGCAGUGGGAGCACGUGGACCUUACAGAUGGUCCCAGCGGGGAAGGUGGAGGUAACUGCACCAGCCUGGUGCCUGUGGAUGAUUUCCUGAAGAGCAAACCCAAGAAGAUGGACAGCAAGAGUGGGGGCAGCGAGUGGGAAUGUCGUACCUGUCGUGCCAGCAGCGCGGGCAGCAAACAGACUGCCCUGCAUGGGAGUGGACCUCUACAUGGUAGUGUGGGCUAUGUUGGCAGCGGCACUAGCUGUGUGGCAUCGGGGAGUGGAGGACUAGGGAGCAGCCGCCCCAGUUCAGCUACCUGUAUGCGUUGUGAAGCUUGCAAGAAAUCAGGCAACCUCUAUGACAUCAGUGAGGACAGUAACCACCUAUUAGACCAGCUGGGCGGUGGCAGUAGAGGCCAGACGCCAGCGCAGCGUCGCAGGGCCUUCAGUGGGAAGCCACUACGCCGGCAACAUUCUUACGACACCUUUGUGGACCUACAGAGAGAGGAGGCAGGGGGGAUAGGUGGGACUCUGGGGUUUGGUAGGGCAGAAGAUGUGGAUGGAGCGCUGCCGCCACCACGAAGCGUAAGCCUGAAGGAAAGAGAGCGCUGCAUGGAUGCCUCCAGUCCCUUGGCGCAUAUAUUCGAACAUCAAGAUACAGACUGUGACCCGUUCUUCUACGGAGGUGUUGAGAGGGGAAAGGGUGCAGGAUCGUCAUUCGGUUUGUUCAGAGCGGGAGAGGGUGCUCCUCAUCGGCGCUCGGUGGGAGAGAGGGACCUAAGAGACAGAGGACUGAUAGAGGGGCCAGCUCACUCCUUAUCCAAAUCCCUCUAUCCCGACCGACCCAACCACAACCCCUUCAUCCCUACGUUUGGAGAUGACCAGUGUCUGCUGCACAGCGCCAAGUCCUACUACAUUAGCAAGCAGCAGCAGCAGCAGCAGCAGCAGUGUGCCGACUUGUGUGGCCCCAUGGGUGUUACCUCCUUCCUACCGGUGUCCGCCACUUCAGGAGUGAUGUCUAACUUGGCCCCACGCUUCCCUGCAGAGCUUUGCAUCGGGAACCACCACACCAGCAAGCUCAGCCUCGGUCCACCGCGACCUUUCAACGGCAGCAAUGGACACGUGUAUGAGAAACUGUCCAGCAUUGAGUCUGACGUGUGAAAUAUGGUGGGUUAAUAAAGACCGGCACUAAAUGCCGCUGCCAUUAAGAACAGGGAAGCAUUCUGUUAUUAUGUAACUCUACAGCCAGAUUUUAGCAGAACACACAGAACUUGAGAGAAUUGAAAAUGUAAUUUCCUGUGAAGUUCAUGUUAACACCAAUGGGUUCAUCUCCACGAGCUGGUGAGAACAAGAGCACGUCCAUCUGCCAAGUGAGUCUGAGAAGAAGCGCAGAAGAGCAGAUGGCCCGUUUCACCUCCAUCCCUCACCACACCGCCAUCUCUGCUCUCUUCGCACCAGAACUACCCAGUGUUGUACUUUUGUCUUUUGAGAAGAUACUAUCAUGAAAGUAUAAUAGAUGCUCAUUGAUAUUAUUAACAGGGUAAUUACUGUACCUCAGAAAUGCUGUGAAGAGACUGGUGGCUGGUAAUCUUUUGUUGAAUUCCAGUGGGUUUAAUUUGUCUUUUAUUUCCCAUGGUCCCACAGUUUACUUACACUAACCCUGUUCUAGAGGCCUCUGGCUGCAGACAUGGAGAGAUGGGGUAAGCAUUAGUGAUAUUUGAAUGUGAUCACUCCAGUCUCCACAUCAACUUCUUGUAUCCAUGACAACUGCCAUCAAACACGCAAUCAUUAGCGGAAGCGCAAUAUGCAGCCUCUAGGAUGGUCUGUUGAGUUUUUUGCCAGUCAUUUAUAUUCAAGUCUCUACUGCCAUGAUAUUUCAUAUCAGAUGAUAAAUUAUGCUGAUGUGCCCUGAGCUACCUUUACAUCCACAUAUCACAUGACUCUUUCAAACAUGUUUAGAAGGUGAAAGACAUUAAUGUGGAAAUGAUAGAGUUAGGUCAGUAUCGACGCCUUGCUUUGUUUUGCCUGUAAAUACAUUUCUCUUUAUAUAUACAGACAAGGUCAACCUUUACUAUAGCUUUUUCAAAUAUUUAACAAAUAACCAAAAUAACAAUUAAAACAGAACAAAAUAACAAAAACAAAAAUAUGCAAAGUAGAGUAAAAUCAUUACUACUCAUCAUAAGUUAUAUUUUAAACAAUAGUUUGCUUUUUAAAUUCAUGUUUAUUACUUAAUUCUGAUAGUUUACUGCCUCUUAACCAACUUCAUUUAAGAGUUUACCUUUAAUCUUUUACUACAGUGUAACAGAGCUGAGCAGUGCUGUUGUUGGAUAUAUUUAGUUUACUCAAUUAGUUUCCUAAAUAGUCCUUGCUAUGUUUCUCUUCAAUUGUGUUAAAUGUCUGGCCACUUCUUGGAGAAGGUUUCUAGAUACACACACACACACACACACACACACAUAUCUCUAGUGUCCAUCAUAGAGUGUGUAUCAUGAUGUAAAGCAGGACUUUUUAACCCUUUCUAAGGAAUGACUGAUUUUGUAAUAUUAAUGGUUAGUAUGUUUAUAGAGUGUCAUUUGUUUAAAGUGUUAUUCUAUAGUGAGGUUGUGUCCUCGCUUUAGGUCUAUUACAUUAAUGUUUCAGCUCCUCUGUUGUAAUGUUUCUAAAUUUAGAGUAACUCUUAUGUCUUCAAUUCAUUUUAGUACAUUAUUAUGUCAAAGCAUUUUCAGAGAGUUGAAGCCGGCAUGUUGAAGCCGGCAAUGUAAAUGUUCCUUUCGUUGCACAGUAAUGUAUGUUUGAGUUUUUCUCAUGGCUAACGCUGGCCGUUUAAAUAGGUUUAUAGUCUAGAUUUGAACACACACACACAUUUCAUCCCUGAUUUCACAUGUACAUCGCCCAGACGUCUAUUUGAUGUGUGUGUUUACAUCUGGAUGACGUAUUUUUUUAUGUUGUUUGCUCAUCUGCAAUACGUCUAUAAGCCGUAUGUCAAUAAGUAUCUCUCAGAUGUCAAUAAGACCUUCAGCAGAUGUCUUUGAGACGUUUAUGGUUUAGAAUGUUUGUAAAUCUGAUCUUUUUAAGAUGUUUAGCAGAUGUUAAAGGUGCUGUAAGCGAUUUUUUCAUGGAAAGGUAUGCAAAAGAUGUUCCUACUCCCUGAAAGUUAUUAAAACCGGGCCGCGGUUUCUGACACUUUCAGCUGUCAAUCAUUUUGUGCAUUCUCAUAGUAUUGUAGUUGCAGCUAAUUAUUGAGACUUAAUGACAUUUUUAUGGCAUGUUGUUCAUAACAGUUGUCAGUGGAGGACGCUAUUUUGCUGCUGUUGUUUUUAACAACCGUUUCUGCUCAUGUCGAUCUCAACAAAGCUCAUCUGGUAUCUUUGGAGGGCAGGGUUUAGGAAAGAGGGGUCGUGGCUAAUCCAACCGCUCAGUUUGUGGAAACUGUAGAAUGGCUAAAAUCUUUUACAGCACCUUUAAAUAGCUUGUGAUGCUUUCCAGAUGAAAAGAUCUAAAACUGACAUCUCAGAGAUGUACCUGUGCUAUAUGGAUUCGCAAUCCCUCACUGCUAAAUCUUAAGCUUUAUAUGCUUGAAAAUCACAUUUUCUAGUGUUUAUAGAGAAAAUAUGCCUAUUAAGCAUAGUUGUAGUUAUCCUUUUUCUAGUGUAUUCGCAAUAUAUAAGCAACUUUAAACCUUUUGUUAACUACUAUAUUCUCAUUAUUCUAAGGUAAGUAUAGCUGGUUUGAAGUAUUCUACAGGUAAGAAACACCCUGUUGUUAUAGUCAUAUUGCAUAUCUUUUUUUUUUCACAGAAUCUAUCAAUUUGUCACUCAUGAUGGGUAAUAAACGCAUGUGUGAGACAGUGAGUACUAUGUUAAAUACUCUUGUUGCUAUGGCAUUGCCAUGAUGUUACAAUGCUGUUCCCAUGGUAACUGCAGUGCAAGAGAAUGCAGGAUAAAUGAGUGAAUUGUUUCACUAUGGGGUAAAAUCACGUCCACUUUGAUAUGUCACCAAAAUUUUUACAUCAUUUUCAUCUAUACAAUUAUUCUUGUACAGAUUGUGUAUAUAAUAAUGAGAGAAUUGCUCUUUUUGUAUGACAAUAUGAACACAAACCUCAAUGACUUUAAUAGUGAGAGUGUUUUGGUGACUGUAUGAAGUUACGACACAAAUGAUGGAGCAGAAUUCUUUCACAUGCUGAAUAAAGCCAAUAAAACAUGGGCGAUUUU